AUGCGCCUUCAAGGUAGGCUAUACUGUAAUUGAUGAAGGAUGCUUGAAUUGUUUUGUUGCUUGAAUUGUUUUGUUCUAUCUAAAAAUGUAUACGGUGCCCAUAAUAUACAGUUACAGUAUAUAUCUUAUUUGAUCACAUUGUAGGUAGGUACCUCUCCAUAAGGUCUUAACAGCUUAUUGUCAUAUUAUAUGAAAUGGGUACAGAUAUCUGACAGACUGUUCUACCGAUGGGAGAUGACUGUUGAUUGAUGAGCAAUGUGUUAUUCUUGAGGUUAAAACACAUUACUUUCAAGUUCCUGUUUCAAUGGUCCUCCAUCUUGACUAAUGAAAAGAACUGUAAGGGUUUUUAAUAGUUCCAACCUGUUCAGUUCUUAUGCAUCAUUGUCAGUAUUACCGAAGCGUGACUUUUCUUUGAUGGUGGGUGUGAGUGGGCCUUAUGAUUUCUACUAGCCACUGCCUAGAGCUGUCCUUUGGAUUUGGGUCUGGAAAUCACCAUCAGUUUGUAGAAGGCGUCUGUCAUGUGCCUCAGUCCCAUUGGGGCGGCAGAGGCUGUGGGGAAAUUCUAACUUGGAAAAGAACACAAAAGCCCUCUUGUUUUUCUUUAUUCAUUACCCACACUUUGUCUAGUAUUAGAAGUGGCCCAUAUAGUCCAGUGAUCAGAACCACGUGCUGCCAAUGAAACCAACCAACAACUAUUUAUUUCUCUCCUCUUCAGUUCUGCAUUGGUACACGUUACAUCUGGUGAACACCAUGUCCCAGGGACAGAAUUUCCUGCCCAAGUUCCUCUUUGUGAGUAACCUGCUGAAAGCGGUCAAGAUCCGGGAGCGGGUGCCCAACGAUGUGGUGAAGCCGGCGGCCAGCGGAGGCCUGAUGCACCACCUGCGGGGCAUGCACCGCUACACCCUUGAGAUGAUCCGCAUGAGCCAGUUCCCCCAGGCCUUCCAACAGGUCAUCCAGGCGGCCAUCUUGGACAGGGCCAUGCAGAGCUCCCUAGAGCAGGAGAAGAAGCUCAACUGGUGCCGUGAGGUCAAGAAGAUGGUGCCACUGAGAACCAAUGGUAAUGUAUUCGUUUGGUUUGGGUUUCUGUUCCCCUUGUUGGUAGUAGGGGAGGGGUUAUUUGUCAAAGGAGUUUGAAAGACCUUGACACUGAAGAGUAAGAGUUACUCAUACUGUACUCAGUGUUUCCCCUAGGAUUUCUUUCAGCAGCAGUGGCAGAGUAUCUUGGGGGAGGGGGCUGCAUUGCUACUAGCAUUAGCACAAUUACAUGCUAUCUGUUAACAUAGACUUCCAGUCAUUGAGCCAACAAAUAUCCAUUUAAAAGUGGUGGGCCAAUGCUGCUAAAUGAAUAUAGGGGAAACAUUGGUACUCACACAUUAUGGUAAAUGACAAUGGUGAGAUUUGUUAUCUUUUAGAAUUACCAUUAGCAGCUCUUGGUUUGACUGGUACCUAACAUCAAUCUGCAGAUUUACAGUAUUUGUUCAGCGUAUCUACUGUAAAUCAUGACGUCUAGGGUAAUUAUUUGGGAGAUCCCAAAGCAGAAAUUCUAUGGUGUCAUACUGAUCAUUUCCCCUCCAUUGUUCUAAAGACCAUGUUGACUGAGUUUAUUCUGUUGACGCAUUCAAACUUUGUAGUGCUCAGUUUCCGUCUGUUUAGAUUCAUACCUUGCAGUGGAGGUUUGGGUAUACCCCUUCUCUCAGUAAGUAGCUAAGUGAGUUGGACCUUUAUUCACAAAUCAUACAGCAAACACCCCCACCUGUCUUGACUCACACAUAGGUGUGUUACCAUGUCAAUCCUAUAAUUUCAUUGAAUCAUUGAAAAGAUGGAAUGUUAUUGUCAGGAGGAGAUAUAACCAGGUUAUUAGGCUUGUUUAUGUAUUGUCUUAUUGAGGGUAAUAUCUUAUCACCUGUGGAAUAGACAUCUUGAACUUUUGGUAAUUUAAUGCUGUCAUAACAUAGUAACAGUACAUGAAACAUGAAUCAUAGGCUAUUGGCUUUUCCCUACAUGUUGAAACUACAGUAUUUCCAGUAAAAUGAUAGUGAUAGCAAAAGUUUGUGUUCCUGGAAAUCCAAUCCAGAAACAACCUUUGACAUGAUACAUAUUUCCUUCCUAAUGAAAGGAUAGAAUUUUCUCAUAGAAGUUUCUGGGGGGCCCAGCUAGGCCUUGAUUUGGGAAAUGGACGUAUACAGUAGCCUCUCCUCUGAAUGACACAGCAGCCAUGACUUUCAGCAGAGGACUUUCAGACUGAGGAGGACCACUCUGUCUGUUGCUGGCUGGCUGCUGACUCACUGGAAUGAAUCCAUUGCGUAAGGUGACCAGUGAAUAAGAACAGGACAGGAGAGGCAAAGCAGGACAUUGUGAGUCAGUGUCCGCACUCCAUAAUGUUUACUAAUUUGUUUACAUACACUUUUGAACUAACAAGUUUCAAGUUUUAUUAGUCGUACGGGAUACGCAUGGUAUACAUCGUCCAACAAAAUGCUUACUUGCAAUUGAACUAUGUAAUUGAAAAUCCGAUCUCUUUCGUUACGAAUGGGAUUAUAGUAUAGAGUGUCUGACGUGGGUAUUUCCCAUAUAGUAAUCCCAUGUCUGUCAUGUGUUUUGUUUGUUCUUUUUUGUGUGAUUCCCACUGUUGCCAAAUAAUGGAUGGUCAUUCUGUUGCUGAUAGAGAAUUCACAGUAUUCUAACCGAGAAUACUGAGAAUACCACAUCCUGAUUUCAGCAAAAAUCACAAAUUUAAUGUUUCACAGAAUGGACAAACAAAAUAUAAAUAAAAAUGUUGAUGUGUGCAUCUAUAGUAACCCUUAGGGUGAGUGAGUGUAAACCCCCAAAAAGCGGAAAUUCUAAAUAUUGGCAUUGUGGAGAAUGAAGCAAAUAAGUGGCAUUAUGGAUGUUAAAUGAAAUGGACAAGCUUUUUGGGGAGACUGAACAUGUAUAGCAAAAGUCUGUGAGUUUGUAUGUCUUAGGUCAAAACAUGGAUAGCCAUUUCGAAGGAAAGGCUUGGUUGAACACAAAAACGAUAAUUUUGAAAAGAUUGCCAUUUCCAAAAUUACUUUAGAAAAAAAUAGCUACCAUUAUGGAUGUUACACCCUCCAUUAUGAAUGUUACGGAGUCUGAAAUAAACAUAAAAAUGUUCGGUCAUCUGGAACAUUUCUAAGAUUACAGCAGAAGGCAUAGUAGCUUAGGACUAUAUCAUUACAGCUAGCCUUAAUAAUAUAGUGCAUAGGCUGAGGCCUUACACCAUAUAUAUAUAUAUAUAUAUAUAUAUAUAUAUAUAUAUAUAUAUAUAUAUAUAUAUAUAUAUAUAUAUAUAUAUAUACAGUGGGGAGAACAAGUAUUUGAUACACUGCCGAUUUUGUAGGUUUUCCUACUUACAAAGCAUGUAGAGGUCUGUAAUUUUGAUCAUAGGUACACUUCAACUGUGAGAGACGGAAUCUAAAACAAAAAUCCAGAAAAUCACAUUGUAUGAUUUUUAAGUAAUUAAUUUGCAUUUUAUUGCAUGACAUAAGUAUUUGAUCACCUACCAACCAUUAAGAAUUGCGGCUCUCACAGACCUGUUAGUUUUUCUUUAAGAAGCCCUCCUGUUCUCCACUCAUUACCUGUAUUAACUGCACCUGUUUGAACUCGUUACCUGUAUAAAAGACACCUGUCCACACACUCAAUCAAACAGACUCCAACCUCUCCACAAUGGCCAAGACCAGAGAGCUGUGUAAGGACAUCAGGGAUAAACUGAUGUAUGUAGACCUGCACAAGGCUGGGAUGGGCUACAGGACAAUAGGCAAGCAGCUUGGUGAGAAGGCAACAACUGUUGGCGCAAUUAUUAGAAAAUGGAAGAAGUUCAAGAUGACGGUCAAUCACCCUCGGUCUGGGGCUCCAUGCAAGAUCUCACCUCGUGGGGCAUCAAUGAUCAUGAGGAAGGUGAGGGAUCAGCCCAGAACCACACGGCAGGACCUGGUCAAUGACCUGAAGAGAGCUGGGACCACAGUCUCAAAGAAAACCAUUAGUAACACACUACGCCAUCAUGGAUUAAAAUCCUGCAGCGCAUGCAAGGUCCCCCUGCUCAAGCCAGCGCAUGUCCAGGCAUGUCUGAAGUUUGCCAAUGACCAUCUGGAUGAUCCAGAGGAGGAAUGGGAGAAGGUCAUGUGGUCUGAUGAGACAAAAAUAGAGCUUUUUGGUCUAAACUCCACUCGCCGUGUUUGGAGGAAGAAGAAGGAUGAGUACAACCCCAAGAACACCAUCCCAACCGUGAAGCAUGGAGGUGGAAACAUCAUUCUUUAGGGAUGCUUUUCUGCAAAGGGGACAGGACGACUGCACCGUAUUGAGGGGAGGAUGGAUGGGGCCAUGUAUCGCGAGAUCUUGGCCAACAACCUCCUUCCCUCAGUAAGAGCAUUGAAGAUGGGUCGGGGCUGGGUCUUCCAGCAUGACAACGACCCGAAACACACAGCCAGGGCAACUAAUGAGUGGCUCCGUAAGAAGCAUUUCAAGGUCCUGGAGUGGCCUAGCCAGUCUCCAGACCUGAACCCAAUAGAAAAUCUUUGGAGGGAGCUGAAAGUCCGUAUUGCCCAGCGACAGCCCCGAAACCUGAAGGAUCUGGAGAAGUUCUGUAUGGAGGAGUGGGCCAAAAUCCCUGCUGCAGUGUGUGCAAACCUGGUCAAGACCUACAGGAAACGUAUGAUCUCUGUAAUUGCAAACAAAGGUUUCUGUACCAAAUAUUAAGUUCUGCUUUUCUGAUGUAUCAAAUACUUAUGUCAUGCAAUAAAAUGCAAAUUAAUUACUUAAAAAUCAUACAAUGUGAUUUUCUGGAUUUUUGUUUUAAUUUCCGUCUCUCACAGUUGAAGUGUACCUAUGAUACAAAUUACAGACCUAUACAUGCUUUGUAAGUAGGAAAACCUGCAAAAUCGGCAGUGUAUCAAAUACUUGUUCUCUCCACUGUAUAUAUCAAAAUUAACCUUUACCAACUGAAUGUAGACACAAAAAUGUCAAAUUUUUUUGGUAUUACACCUUUUUAAAAAAAUAUUAUAUUAAAUUAUGCAAAGGAGACAAUAUGCUGUUAGAUGUACAUAUAACACCAAUCCACUUUUCUGGAACCUGAAUGAAGUAAGCAUAUUUUGGGGGGUUUCAUUUGAAUAACACUCCAGGACUAAUCACAGAUUGUGGAUAAACACUCUUUUCAUCUUUCUAUCUAAAAAACACUACUGCCAUGUAUGAGAAAUAAUAUCACAUAAUGUUCGAGAUAUCAAUAUUGCUUCUGUAAAAGCCUAAUAAUACAUAUCAGAACAAGCACACAAAAUGUGGUGAAUGCACAUACUUUUGAAGCUAAGAUAUGAUAAAUUCAUAUCCGUCACAUCCACAACCGUUAUGGAUGUUAUGGCUAUCAUAACGCUGAAAAAGGAUACUGAUAUAUAAAAAGUUUGAUGAAAGUUAUCUUAACAGAGAAAGCUUGAAGAUGAUCCAAUGUAAGGGGCAUGGAUGUUACAUUGCAGAACAGAUACAAUUGCCAUUUAUCAUUUAAAAUACGCAAUUGUGUCAGAUCUCAUUCCAUUUCUGUCUGCAACAGUCAAAACUUUUCACAUCACUGAAUACACCCCAGGUAUAGGUUUUACAUAUGAGGAUUCUGAAAACACAACAAGCAUAGUGUGUUUUUACCAGAAAUAUGUUUUCGGACAGUAUGAUUCAACCUUAAGAUGGAACAUGAUCAAGAUUUCCUGUUCUGUGCGGAGGUUUGUUGUUGCUCGGGUGGAAUGUUCCCUUUACUGACGGAAAGCUUUCUCCUCAUACAUCAAACUAUUCAAAGGAUAGAAAUAGAAAAACAUUCUGUUUUUCAUGAUCCUUUUUGAAAUUUUAGGCCCCUUUCCUUUUAUCCCUACUAGGCCUAUGUCCUUUCUCUACUGGCAGCAGGUAUCUACAGACUGGGGUGCAGAUAUUACAUAGUUAUAAUAGUGGUGUACAUAUUACAUAGUGGUGCACAUAGUAAUACACAUAUUACAAAUAUAUGAUAGUGAUGCACAUAUUACAUAGGUAUGAUCCACCUCUACAGGCCCAGACUGGUGUUUUCAACACGGGGUCAGACUGGUGUUUUCAACAUGGGGUCCACCUCUACAGGCCCAGACUGGUGUUUUCAACACGGGGUCAGACUGGUGUUUUCAACACGGGGUCAGACUGGUGUUUUCAACAUGGGGUCCACCUCUACAGGGCCAGACUGGUGUUUUCAACACGGGGUCAGACUGGUGUUUUCAACAUGGGGUCCACCUCUACAGGGCCAGACUGGUGUUUUCAACACGGGGUCAGACUGGUGUUUUCAACAUGGGGUCCACCUCUACAGGGCCAGACUGGUGUUUUCAGCCUGGCGGAAGACAAAAAAGAGGAAGGCGUUCCAUGUCAGUACUCAGAACUUCCUCUUUUAAGUAAAGAAAUAGGCGUGUGUAAAUAUCCAAAUCUAUCAUCCCACGCAAAAAUGAGACCUCUACUGAUCGUCGGCGAAGCUCGUAAAGAGAAAGCAUUCCAACCGAGCCAAGCUCCACCCCUCUGGAAAGUCCAGGGUCUGAUGUCUCUGGAGCAGCAGACAAGGGAAGAAAGAGUUGAAUGGCAGCCUCACGGCACUUAGUCACAGAGAACCACACUCAGGGAAAUUCCUCUCUUUAGUGUGGCAGGCAGCAGGGUAUUUCAGACGAGCUAGGCUCACCGUACUCACUGAUGUUUCACAAUGACAAAAAGACCCGCCGCCCUGCAAUAAGAGUCUGAUUGUUUUUCUCCAUACAGUUUACCUUUGAUUUCUUAAACUUGCAUACAGAACUCGUAAUUUACCUGAUUUACUCAUUUAGCCCCUGUCUGUCACCCUCUCCAGUCAUCACUGAAGGCUGUUCUUUCAUUCUCUUAUUUAGUUUAAGUUGUUUCAGUGUUAACGUGCCAAGGGACCAUAUGACUGUCUAAUUAAACUACAGUUAGAGUUUAAACCAAUACUGUAUGUGUCUUUGGCCUAGUGGUCCAGUCUGUUUUAGCCAUGUUGUAUAGCAUGAUGGCAACAAUAGAAGACUGAUACAUACAGUAUGGGACCAGGCUAAUGUGUCAAAGCCCACAGUACCUGCAGUAAUUGCACAAAGUUUUUCUCUGGUCUCUCAAAGAGGAUAAAAAAUGGAACGCAGUAAAAGUACACCACAAAGCAACAAUGCUGAUAGAGUCUGUGAUAUCAAACUUUCUCAGGCCUUUUUAUAUAUCUUCUGUAGGGUGAUGAAUGAUGGUCAGAUAUAAUGGAUGCCUACAGAGCGCUGCAAGAGCUUCUCUGGAAAUCCCCUCUCUCCUUUUACACUAUUUUCUCCAAGCGAUACAGGUCUUUUUCUGUGAUGGAUAGUUUUGCCGUUAAUGACUCGCAGUCUUACCUGUGGUGAUGUGAGGAUGGGCAGUUUGUAUUUCACAUAAACACAGAUUCAUAUUAAAGGACUGUAGAUAAACUUAACAUCCACUGUAUGUGCCUGGCUCAAACCAGACGGAGCUCUACAAAGUUUGAAUGCGUUAACAUAAUAAAGUCAGUCGACACAUUUGUUGACACAGGCUUGUUGUUAAUAAAGGAUCUGAUAUCCUCCUAACCCUAGUCUAGGUCAUGUUAUUCUUGUUUACACGUGUUCUAGUGGGGAUCCUGUGCCGUAUGUAAUAUCUACCCCCAUAUCUCAUGGCUGUAUAUGUGUGUUGCAGGAGAUGGGAACUGUCUUCUCCAUGCUGCCUCUCAGUACAUGCUGGGGGUGCAGGACACAGACCUGGUCCUGAGGAAGGCCCUGCACUGCGUACUAAAGGAGACAGACACGGGCAACUUCAGAGCUCGUUUCCAGACUGAGCUGCUGCAGUCUCAGGGGUUCACCCAGACUGACCUGCGGUACAGCACCAUGGUGAGGAACGGAGGCCCCGCUACAGCUAGGAUGGUGUUACUAUAGCAGACAUGGGUGCAUAAUGAUAACUGCAUACUGUCAGAUACUUAGAAAGUAUAGUAAGAUGCGUGCUUGAUUUAGUUUGGAGUUUGCACUUUUGGGCCUAUUCCAUUGGUGCCAUUGUACCAGGCAAGCUAAGUCAAGUGCAGCUGAAUUAUUUGAAAGUGUUUGACAUAUUGUAUGUAUUUGACCCAGGUCUGUUAGUAGUAUCACCUAUUAGUAGUGUCACCCAGGUCUGUUAGUAGUAUCACCUAUUAGUAGUGUCACCCAGGUCUGUUAGUAGUAUCACCUAUUAGUAGUGUCACCCAGGUCUGUUAGUAGUAUCAUGAUGUUCAAAGCAGCCUAACUCAAAGUGUUUUUAUUUCAGAAUUGGGAGGAGGAAUGGGAGAAAAUCAUCAAAAUGGCAUCGCCUGUGUCCAGCAGCAAUGGGUUGCAGUUUGACUCCCUGGAAGACAUACACAUCUUUGUCCUCUCAAACAUCCUCCGCAGGCCCAUCAUCGUCAUCGCAGGUACAGCCUUUCUCAAUGGAGCCUUUCAUCACUCAUUUCAUCAGAAGUUCUGUUUACAUCAGAUGAGUAUGCUCCAUCUCUAUUUGUUCCAUUUUACAUGUCAAACACAAGCACACAUUUUUGAAUGUGUUUGACAAAUGCUUUUGACCCUGGUCUGGUGUAUACAGUUUCUGUACCUAUUUCAGUAGGUCUGUCUACUAUAGCAGUAGAAGCAGUCAGUGUGCUGUAUGGUGUCCAGUGACUAACUCAUGGCUGUAUCCUUACAGACCAGGUGCUACGCAGCAUGAAAUCCUGCUCCUCCUUCUCUCCCCUCAACGUGGGGGGCAUCUACCUGCCUCUGCACUGGCUUCCAGGGGAGUGCUACAAGUACCCCAUAGUGCUCGGCUACGACUCCCAGCACUUUGCCCCCCUCAUCACCAUCAAAGACAGUGGCCCGGGUGUGUACAGUAACUGUCAUUGAUAGAUUACCCUGUUGAGGAGUGCUUGUAGAAUGAGUGUGAAUGUAACCUAUCUACCGCAUCCUACUAAAUUUAGUCAUUUCUUGUGCUGUUUUUGUGUACAGCGUCAUUGGGUCCCAUAAAUGUGGUAUAUACCUAACACCUAUGUAUUAUUAAUGUAUUAUUAUUAUGGCUGUGUGCCCCAGAGAUCCGAGCGGUGCCGCUGAUCAACCCGGGCCGCGGGGGCUUCGAGGAGCUCAAGAUGCACUUCCUGAUGGAGAAGGAGCAGAUGCAGAAGGAGAGGCUGCUGAAGGACUACCUGAUGCUGAUUGAGAUCCCUGUCAUCGGACUGGGCUAUGACACCAUACGCAUCAUCAACGCUGCCAGGUGGGUGGCACACUAGAGGCAUGGGGAACUAUAGAGAUCAGGAAAAGCACUACAAAUCUAGUUUUUAAAAAGUAUGUUUGUGGCAUAAUAGUACUUCAUUUGUAUUUUCUUUAUUUACCCUUUAUUUAAUCGGGUGGGUCAGUUGAGAACCAAUUGUCAAUAUUGACGACCUGGCCAAGAGGUGUAUGAUUAGCCUAUCAGAAGUUUUGAGUGUGUUCCAUGUUGCCUCUCCCAGGCUGGAUGAAGGGAACCUGCCUGAGGACAUGAACCUGAUGGAGGACUACCUCCAGUUGGUCAACCACGAGUAUAAGCGCUGGCAGGAGGACAAGGACCAACUGUGGGCCGCCCAGCCCCAUAGACCACACCCCUUCUCCGUGUCCCAGCUGUCCCUUAUCGAGAUCCGCUGUGCCACACCACGAUGCACCUUCUACGUCUCCGUGGACACCCAGCCACACUGCCAUGAGUGCUUUGAGAAACGCCAGGGCCAGCCCAACGGGAGGAUAGAGGCAGUCCCUACGAAAGGCGGUGGUCAGGCGUGUGAGCCGGAGUGUAGAAGUAGAGUACGGACCAGUCCCCCUGGCUGCCGGGCGGUGUACUCCAGCCCGCGCUCCGUCCCUCCCCCACCCACGGCGCCCAGCCUCAGCCAGUACAGCAGGACCCACGCCAUGAAGUGCAAGACGCCCGACUGCAUUUUCACCCUCAGCAUGGAGCUCGAUGGUCUGUGUGAACGCUGCUUCAACACCCGGCAGAAUGCACCUGCUGCUGCUGCUGCUGGCCCCUUGGGACACCCAGCAGGGAACCCCCAGGUCCUCCCCCUGCCUGCUCACCUCGGCUGGCCCCAGUGGGGCGCGGGACAGGAGCAGGAGACGGAGAGGUGUGAUGUGUGCCACCAGAAGGUCUUCAGGAUAUUUAACGGACUGUGCCGCCCAUGCCUCCUGAGGACUGCUACGGAGAGGGGCGAGGAUCCCCAGCCGCCAGCAGCAGCCAGGAUAGAGGCCUCCUCUGGGUCGUUAUGGACCCAGCCCCAGCCAAGGGACUCUGAGCGCUCAGGCACCUCGGCUCUCAACGGCCACACGUCAGGCCGGCCCUGUAAGAGGUUGGGAUGCCAGUUCUUCGGGACUCAACAGAAUCUUGGAUUCUGCACCAUCUGUUACAUGGACUAUCAGACCAACCACCGUAAGUCUAAUCAGCCGCUUGUUCAUAGUCAUUUUAACAAGAAAUGCUUUUCUUAUAAUUUCCCAGCAAAACAUAGAUUUCAUCAAAGGGAAUCAGGCCACAUCAAACCCACAGCUGUCAUGUCUACUAUGAAUCUACUUAUAUCAGUAUACUUACAAACAACAUGAAACAAACAACAUGUUUACACCAGACAGUACUGAGAAAGCUGCACAUUUACUGGAAUCUCAAGAUGAGUUGAUAUUGUGUGUGGGCAUAUGUGAGUUUGACGUGUGGUUUUGCUGUGUUUAUCUCCCCCAGUGGCGACCCUUCAUCCUCCCCCUGCUCCAAUCCAGAGUCAUCACGUGUCGGAGGCAGGCUUCCAGAACGCUUCACGCUGUCGGGGCCCGGGCUGUGGGGCCAUGGGCAAGGCCAUGCUGGAGGGCUACUGCAACAAGUGCUACGUAAAGGAGCAGAGCUCCAGGCUUAGCCAGGCUGCUACCAGGGCUCCAGGCGCCCACUCCCCUCCACUUGUCAUGGUGAGUGUCUCCCUCCCUCUCACACAAGGCCCAGUGGCUGUACAGCACAUUUUGAAUUGCAGAUCAUUUUUUACAGUGUUUCAGAGUGUAAAUACAAGUCUUAGGUCAGAUAUAAUGAUUUGCUUCCACAAGUGACAAUGUUCCUCUGUUUUUAUCUCUCUCUGCAGCGAACUGCUAAACCAGAAAGAGACAGAACCAGACAGAACCAGACCCAGACCCAGGCGACAUGCAGGCGAAGUGGCUGCAGUAACAUCUCCCCCGGCUGCACAGACCUGUGUCCAGAGUGCCACACACGGAACACGCGGGGGCAGAGAGAGAGUCGCAGGGAGAGGGCAGGGGCACCUAAAGAGAAGACAAAGCAGCGCUGUAAAACCCAAGGCUGUGACCACUAUGCUAACCAAGAGAAGCAAGGCUACUGUAACGAAUGUGACCUCUUUAAGCAGAUCUACUGG